AUGAACAGCUCGAUCGCACCCAUGUCUGACAACGGUUGGGACUCUGGCAACGGUUGCGACUCUGACAACGGUUGGGACUCUGAAGACGAUCGGAACUCUGACGACGAUCGGGACUCUGACGACGGUCGGGACUCCGACGACGGUUGGGACUGGAAGGUUGGGACGAUCACCGAGGAGCUCCCGGCCAUCAUUACAAAGCUCCCGGGGAACACGCAGGCUUGCGACGUCAAGCUGGUCAAGACCGUUAAGGGCACCGUCACCACGGUUGACUGGUCGGUCAUCAACGUCACCCUCCGGUCCAGUAUUGAGGAGCCGCCAAAAUUCCUUCCCCGGGUCUUGGUCGUCGGAGAGGGCGGAUUACUCGAAGAACACUCGCUACCAGAUGACUGGGAGCAAGCAACCUUCCGGUUAGAGUUGUUACUGAGUCUCCCCCAUCUCGUCCUGACCACGCUGGUGAACAACAGGGUCCCAGAGACUCGGCGGGGCAGCAAGCACUUCAAGCGUCAAGACGGUACCCAGGUACCCAGCGUUCCGCCGGCGAAAAACCACAGGGUCUCGACCACGCAGGUGACACCCAGGGUCCCAGAGACUCGGCGGAGCUCCAAACGCGUCAAGCAUCAAGACAGUGCCCAGGCACCCAGCGUUCCACCCGCGAAAUUUGCGGAACCGGCACCUGCGCUGACCGCAGGCCGGCAGAAGCUGACGUCUGUGAUAUGGCAGCAUGGGGACCCUGUCGCGGUCAAGGUUGAACGUCACUGGGUAUGCAAGCACUGCCUCGACAAGCGCAGCUGCUACAACAGUAACAGCGGCUCCGUCAGGCACCAUCUACGGAUUGCGCAUGGCAUCGUUCUUUGA